AAAAAAAAAAGGGAUACUGGGUAAUUCAGUAAUUAUGCCAAAUGGAAGGGUACAAAGUUAAAAAUAAAAAACAAAAUAGUGUUGUCAAAUACAAAUUCUCUCAAAAUAUGCUACUCUGUCUCUGCCCUAUAAAAGUCUCCUAAGCCAUUCUCUGAUCCAUUGGAAAAACCCUAGCAGCAGCCCGCUCAGAUCCUUCAAUUCUCUUCUGGGAAACACCACCAUCUCAACCACCGACAGCCAUGACAUUCAAGCGUAGGAAUGGCGGCCGUAACAAGCACGGCCGAGGACACGUCAAGUUCAUCCGCUGUUCCAACUGCGGCAAGUGCUGCCCCAAGGAUAAAGCAAUCAAGAGAUUUCUUGUGAGAAACAUCGUUGAGCAAGCUGCUGUGAGGGACGUUCAGGAUUCCUGCGUUUAUGAUGGAUAUGUACUUCCCAAGCUGUAUGUGAAGAUGCAGUACUGUGUUUCAUGUGCCAUUCACUCCAGAGUUGUGAGGGUUCGCUCUCGCUCUGAGCGCAGGAACCGUGAGCCGCCACAGCGCUUCCUCAGGCGCAGGGAUGACUUGCCAAAGCCUGGACAGCCUGGUCAGCCUGGUCAAGGAAUUCGUCCUGCAGGGAUUGGUGCUGCCGCCAGAGCUUAAGAAUUUGAUUUAUUCUGUUUGAUGUUUUGUCAAGAAGUUACUCCUGGGAUUAUCGAAGGAAUGUCUUGAAAUUUCACUCUUAAAUUUGGACCUGCUAGAUCUAUUAAGGAUUAUAUAUGUUUAAGAACUUGAAAGUUUUUGGUUGAUGAGAAUGUUUUUUGAGAUCACUUGAUUUUCUACUUUAUGGCUGGGCAUUCCAAUAACAGGUUUUUCCCUUAUAUAAUCUAAUGAUAGAUUCAGUGGCUA